ACAAUUACACAACCACCACCAAAAGAAAUAAAGAAACUGGCUAAUAAAAAUAACGAAAUAACGAAAUAACAAAGAAGAUACAACAACAUACAACUCUCUCUGGAUUGAUCCAUUGGAACUUUUCUUCUACAGAGUUUAAUUAUCACACGAAACUUGGGAUUUGCAGGAGAAGAUUCCGGGCAAAUAGGACAUAUCAACAAGAUUGGAAUGUCGGAUAUUCCAAGGUUUCUUUCAUAAGCUUUAAAUAUUGGAAACUUGGAUCUUCCACAAAUUCAUGGUGAGAAUUCAGAAUUCAAGAAAACCCAGAUAAAGUCUUGUGCAUUGUAUCAUCAAUUGUUGCCAAUUGAAUAAUUUAUGAAUCAAUUUGGUUAUCUGAGAAGUUCAAUAGGAUUGAACUUUAGGUUAAUAAUCAGAUUGUAGUCUUUUCGGACGAAACGUCGUGCGGUCCAUUGAAUCACUGAAAUCAUGAAUGUGGUGGGAAGGUUUGGAAGCCUGAUAACCCAAGGUGUAUAUUCAGUUGCCACCCCAUUUCAUCCUUUUGGUGGGGCAGUUGAUAUUAUUGUUGUUCAACAGCAAGAUGGCAGCUUUAGGAGCACACCUUGGUAUGUACAGUUUGGUAAAUUUCAAGGUGUUCUUAAAGGUGCCGAGAAAGUGGUCCGUAUAAAGGUGAAUGGUGUUGAAGCUAGCUUCCAUAUGAAUCUUGAUAAUUCUGGUGAAGCUUAUUUUGUAAGAGAAGCCGAUUUAGGUGAAAGCAGUGAGAAAAAUAGUGUGUUGAAGGAUGAUAGGGAAGCAAUCCUAGAGCAUAGUUUUAGUGUAGAUAAUAGCCAGUGUAAUAUAAAUAACGAGAAUGCAGAGAAUUUCAGAUUGCAGAGUACUUUAUCUGACCCUGGGAUCUUGACAGAAGAUUAUUCUCCUUACAAUCGGUUAGAGAGGAACGAUUCUGAUGCGUGUAGGUUUUAUGAUUUUCAAGAUGAUCAGUCAUUUGAUGACUCUGUGGAGUUGGCAUCUGAUUAUGGAUCUAGUCGAUAUGACGCUAUGGAAGCUGUGGAAAAUUUUGUGGAAGCACAGGGUUCGGACUCGGAAAUGGUCUUGGUGAGUGUAGAUGGUCAUAUUUUAACAGCACCUAUCUUAUCAUCUGAGCAUAUCACCGAAACCGUGCAACUGGAUACACCCCAGUUUCAUCUUGGGCCAGGUAAAGGAAAUGGGUUUUGUGAAGAUGAUAGAGAGUUUACUGUCGGGGAAACUACAUGGGACUCUGAAUAUCUUAAUGACCUAGGGGCCUCCUCAAGUUUACCGGAUUCUGUCAUUGCUUCCUCCGAAAAUAAAAAUACUCUUUCAAGUGAGGGUCUUACUCGUGUCAUAACAAUUGAGGGGAAUGCAUGCCAAGAUCAAGGAAGGGAAGGCAAUAAUAUCCAACAGUCAGAAGUAUGCCAUGAUGAGGGUAUUGACAGCAUUCAUGAGUCUUGUCAAGAAAUUACAGAUCCUAGUCAUGAACAAACCGUUGCUUUAGUUGCUUGUGAAGAUUUUAGAAAGAGUGGUUGUCAAGUAGAAGAAAGCGGGGACAUGCAUGAACUUGAAGCUGGUGGAGAUGGGAAAUAUUUGCAUGAAGAUGGAAAAGUUGAGGAUGAACAUCUUCCUGAAGCUCAGAAUGAUAAUACGAAUUAUGCAAGCCAAGAUGAAGAUGGCAACAGUGUUAAACAUCAGGGUGGAGAUCCAUAUGUGACAAGCGAUUUUGAAGAUACAUCUCCCAGCAAGAAUAAAGAUAAGUUCCGAAGCUGUUUGGAUUUGAUCAGCGCAGAGGUUGACGAAUCCUCAGAAAGUGAGGGCUCACCUUCGGGGGGUGGAUCAAAAGCUGAAUUCAUAGAAGAUAAGUCUUCACAAAACAUUCAAGUUUCAGAUAAGGCUGAAAUUCUAUGUACAUUAGAAAGAUCAGGUGAUAGUGGAUCACCUACUGAUAUUAACAACCAAGGUGUGGUGGAGCCUGAGACAGAUGGCGACUCAUCUGCUUCUGUUUUGGCUAUAGCUGAAGUUAGUGAACAUGAGGAAAAGAUUUGUAGUGAUAUAGAAGCUAAUGAUCCUGAUUUUACACUAAUAGGAAAUGGUUUGGUAUGCAAGGAUGAACUAGAGAGACCAAAGUCAUUAGCUGAGAGUGAUAUCUGUAGUACUGGGGGAAUUAUCUCUGAAACCAUAUCAGAUAGGAGUGAAGAUCGUGAACCACUCACCAGGAGUUCAUCUGAACUGACCCUAGCAAAUAUAAACCCAACAGUAGAGAUCUCUCUUUGCCGCCACCUACUUCGUCCAGGAAUGGGAUUGAGUGCUGCUGAUGAAGCUUUCAAUGCCCAUCGCUUGUCUGAGGAAGACUUUAGAAGUAAAGCAUCAUCAGUAGUGAAGAACGAAAAUCUUGUCGUCAGAUAUAAAGGGAAAUACAUACCAUGGGAUCAGGCUGCUCCUGUUGCAUUAGGAAUAGCUGCAUUUGGUUUUAAUUUUUCCAUGGAGUUCAAAGAUGCUAUACCUGUGGAACAAGAAGUUACUUCAAACUUGGGGGUUCAUGAUUCUGGAAAUGCUUCUGGACGCAGAUGGAGGCUUUGGCCAAUUCCAUUCAGAAGAGUGAAGACACUUGAACGUUCUGCUAGUAAUGCCUCAGAAGAUAUAUUUGUUGACUCUGAAUCUGUGUCACGGAGCCCAUCCAUUGACCGAACCCCGACAUCUCAGGGUGGUACUCCUCUUUCAGCAAGUAGUUUAAAGUCUCCUCACAAGAAAAUUGUCAGGACUAACAUCCCCACUAAUGAGCAGAUAUCAUGUUUGAAUCUGAAAGAAGGUCAAAAUGAUGUGACUUUCACUUUUAGUACCAGGGUCCUUGGACUACAGCAGGUUGAGGCGCAUAUAUAUCUGUGGAAGUGGAAUGCAAGAAUUGUUAUAUCUGAUGUGGAUGGGACAAUUACUAGAUCUGAUGUUCUUGGUCAAUUUAUGCCUCUGGUUGGAAAGGACUGGUCACAAUCUGGUGUGGCUCGUUUGUUUUCUGCCAUUAAGGAGAAUGGAUAUCAGCUACUGUUUCUGAGUGCACGUGCAAUUGUCCAGGCUUAUCUAACUAAAAACUUUUUGUUUAAUCUAAAGCAGGAUGGAAAGACGCUGCCAAAUGGACCUGUUGUUAUUUCACCUAAUGGAUUAUUUCCUUCAUUAUUUCGUGAAGUCAUCAGAAGAGCACCUCAUGAAUUCAAGAUUGCCUGUUUGGAGGAUAUCAAGGCUCUGUUUCCACCUGAUUACAAUCCAUUCUACGCGGGAUUCGGGAACCGGGACACAGAUGAGCUUACUUAUCGGAAGCUUGGCAUCCCAAAGGGAAAAAUAUUCAUAAUCAACCCAAAGGGUGAAGUGGCGAUUAACCAUCGGAUUGAUGUGAAGUCGUAUACUUCAUUGCACACACUUGUCAAUGAUAUGUUCCCGCCUACGUCAAUGGUCGAGCAGGAGGAUUUUAAUUCAUGGAAUUAUUGGAAGAUGCCAAUGCCAGACGUGGAUGGUUAGCAUUCGAAACAUAGUGUCUUAUGAAUUGCGGCUUAAGGAAUUUAAUGACCGUGCUCUUUGAGCGAGGACUAUUAGUCAUUUUUCAACUGGUAAUUGAUCAAAUUUCUGGGGCUAUGAAAAUAUGUAGCAUUGGGUAAUUACUCAAAAAGGAAAAAGAAAUAGUUGCAUUCUUUGCUGUACUAUUAUUUAUGCAGGUUUUAGGGCGAAACCAUUGGAAGCUCAUUCCUGCCAUAGCUAUUAGCUGUAGAUUAUGUGAUAAUUAUCUUACUGUAAUUUUUCUUGGGAUAGAUUCUGUAUUAAUAAGUUAAUAAUUAAUAUUGAUGAGUGAAAUAAGACAGCUUAUGCUCUCA